AAAUAAUCUGCAGGCCUUUCGGAAGUCUAACCUACCUGCACCUGCUUCCUCCUCGGGGAUCUAUUUUAGCACCCUUUUAUCUAAGCUGCAGCUGAAGCAUGCCGCGUGUCCGAGACAUAGCAAAGUAUAAUACACUAAGGGAUCUUCAGUUGGAGAUCAUUCCAUGCUCAUCGCGGUAAUGGGUUGCCUUCUCUUUAACCUCAGGUGCCUUCAACGUUGCUGCAAGUAAUGUUGCACCCUUACAGGAUACCCAUGGGUCAGGUGAGAGUUCAUGCUAUGGUAUACCUUCUGAAUCAGUGUUUCUUAUCUCGCAUGAACGUAUGCUCUACCGGCGAGGUAGAUCAUGGUGAAAUCCGAACCUUGCGCGUUGAAGCAUGUCUGCAGACAGUCAAUUAGAAGCCAACGACAAGUGUCAGCGGUAUAGACUUCAAGAAUGCCAGCCGAGAUACCCCGAUCCCCCUGACGCCAGGACAGGGCUGGGCGAUGUCGCGGGUGACGUUGCCACUAGGGGAGGAUGUCUCCGUAUCCACUGGGCAGUCAACCUUCACUUAGGUAUAGAGUCUCUCCUUUUGUGCAAUAUGGCUCUAUCUGAAGGGGGCUUGACGCUUAGAUUUUCAGAAGAGUCAAUUACC